AUGGCCGCCGUCCACCUCCAGUCCGCCGUUGCGUCUGCCUUCCCCGGCAUUCGCUCGCCAUUCCGUGCUGCUGCCAGGCGGCUGCACUCGGCGUCCUUCGCGGGAUCCAAGAUCGCGACGCUUUGCAAAGCCUCUGUGCUGCAGUCGGAAUUCAUUGGCUCCGGUUUCAAUGCUGCUCCUGCUCAACUGAGCGGUACCGCAUUCUUGAGGAGGUCAGCGAGCUCGACCGGUGCUCGCGCGUCUGCUGACGUGGAGCAGCUGCGCGGAGCCAGGGACGAGAUCAAGGAGCUCAUUAAGAGCAAGCACUGCAAUCCCAUCCUGAUCCGUCUGGGCUGGCACGACGCGGGCACAUACACCAAGAGCAUCGCCGAGUGGCCCCUGGCGGGCGGCGCCACCGCCAGCAUCCGCUUCAAGCCCGAAAUCGAGCACGGCGCCAAUGCUGGUCUGGCGGGCGCCAUUGCUCUCCUGGAGCCCAUCAAGCAGAAGUACCCUGCUGUCAGCUACGCCGACCUCUUCCAGCUCGCCAGCGCCACGGCUGUCGAGCUCGCAGGAGGGCCCAAGAUCCCGAUGAAGUACGGCCGUGUGGACGCCAACGGACCCGAGCACUGCACUCCUGACGGCACUCUCCCAGAUGCCGGCCCACCAUCCCCUGCUGACCACCUGCGCAAGGUGUUCUACCGCAUGGGGCUUGACGACAAGGACAUUGUUGCCCUUUCCGGCGCACACACAUUGGGACGCUCUCGGCCGGAGAGGAGCGGGUGGGGCAAGGCAGAGACCAAGUACACGAAGGACGGGCCUGGUCUGCCGGGCGGCCAGUCCUGGACGGUUGAGUGGCUCCGAUUUGACAACUCCUACUUCAGGGACAUCAAGGAAAAGACAGACGCGGAGCUGCUGGUGCUGCCCACAGAUGCCGCCCUGUUUGAGGACGCGGGCUUUAAGGUGUAUGCAGAGAAGUACGCUGUCGACCAGGCGGCCUUCUUUGCCGACUAUGCCCAGUCGCACAAGAAGCUCAGCGAGCUCGGCGCCAAGUUCGACCCCCCCCAGGGUGUGACCCUUGACUAA